AUGCCGUUUUUCCCGCUGUGCUCCGCCGCCGCAGACUCACGCGCGACUUGCGAUAAAGCGCCGAAGGUGCUCUUGACGACACCAACUGCCGCCGGUGACUGUGGACCAACGCAUGUAGGAUCCGCAGGCGCCGCCACCGGCGACACUGACGAUGCAAACUGGUCGGCACUCAGCAUUCUACACGUGUUUCAUCUCGCCCAUGUCGCCAUCACGGUCGAUACCGGUGUCUCCUCGUGCGUCGAGGAGAUGAGCACGGCAGAGUUGGCGACCAGUGUACGACGCGUACUUUGUAUGGGGCAGUCGACGCGCUGCAGCUCUGCUUCCACUGCUUCCAGGCAGGCGGCAUCGGCACCGUACGUUGCUCGCGCACUUUUAGUGCGACUUCAUGGGCUCGUGGAGGCGCAUGAGCGCUUCUUGACGUGGAUGCGCACACGCUCAAUGACAGCAGCUCCAGAGGCAUUGGAUGAUGCUGUAACAGAGGACGCCUUUUUGGCGGAUGCAGCGACCUUUCUUCGUACGUUGCCGCUACCCGGUGCACUUCGCACAUCCGCGCCUUCACCACCGGUGACAGAGCGACGCGCGCCGUCACGGCAAUCUUCGUACGCUCAGGUGCUCAGCGCCAACCUCUACGCCAUCAGCACCUUUGUGGAGGCUGCGGUUGUCACGGCGACAGCUGCGUCGCCACCCGCCCCCGACUCCCCAUCGCCGACACUUCACCGCGAGCUCUGCUUCCUUCCUCAGCCGAUAGAGACGGCUGCGCUGUCGCUGCUCUACUACCUGAUAGCACUGACAGUGGACGUGGUGGAGGCCAGCGUGCUGUGCUGCUGCCGACUAGAGGGGCUUCAGUCCGCGCACGAGGGUGACAGGCAGCUAGUGUGUUUCCCGCAGAGGCUCGCGGAUUUCUCCGCCACGUCGACGUCUGGUGUCCAGUUCACUGCUUCACCCUCAUCUUGGCCUGCUACCCCAUCUCUCCGUGUCGUCUUGUACACCGUCCUUCAGCAAGAGGGCUCCCACUUGUUGGCGCUCCUCCUCCGAUGUGAGCAACGCGAAGGACAGUGCCCGGGCGAGAUGUCCGACGCGGACCCGACACAUCGUCGGCUGCUUACGCGACACUUGCUGCGCCGGCUUGGGCAUCUCUUUUUCCACCCUCUGCGCGGCGAUGGUACCCGCGUUGGCGUCACGAGUUGCACCACCGCCGUGGCUGCAAGCGACCGCACUGACGCGGCGAUCGUCACUUGGAUGGCAGAGCAGCUGCAGCACAUUGUGUGCUUGAGCGUCCCCACGCCAGAGGGUGAAGGUUCGGGAAGCUCUUCGCGAGACUUUUCCGCUGCGCUUGCUGGCGAGGAAUAUCAACCACGCCGCUUUGAGGCUGAGAUUCUUGCUGAGCUUCUUCGCCUGCUUAUUGAUCAGAUUGAUACGGACACCUCAACAUCGCCAUCGGGCGGAACCCUCGAGCGCGAGUGCUCCAACGGCGCCGUCUGUAGCAGUAGUGGCAGCAUUGCCCGACGCACUUCGGCUACGGCAGACGCUGUCACCGACUUGGCGCGGCGAAUAGGAUAUCUAGUACUUCUGUCUCCAGCCAUCGAGGCUGCACCGGCGCUCGGUAGUGGCACUCGCUCGCGCUGCCCGGCACGGGAGGCGUUGGUGAAGGCACGCGAGUGCGUGCUGCGCUUUGCGCUGAAUCCUACCAUGCAGUGA